UCGCUUUCGCCACCGGCCGGCGCCCUCUUUUCCCUUUCGCGGCCGCCCCGGGGGCGGUCAACUGGGGGGCGCGCGCCGCUGCUGCUGGGGCCACUGACUAACGAGCGCCCACGGCAAAAGUUCCAACUGGAGCGGCCGAGUGGGAAAAACCGCGAGGGCCUUUGCCAGCAGAAUCUGAAGAGCGCCGCGGGCAAGGAGAUUGAUGCUGGGCAAGAGCUGCGAUCUAGCGGGCAGCCCCAGAGACCAGCCGCCUGGGUUGUGCCAAGCUUCCACCGCUGCGGAGUUCUGGCUGGUGCGCAUCGGGACCCCGACAGGGGGCGGCAAAGUGCGACCGGACGGCCUUGCGGGCCGGCAGCCCAAGCUUGUCGACCGGCGGCGGGCGUUGAGGGCCACAAUUCAGCCACGAAAGUCGGGAAGCAGCGGGCGCCGAUGAUGCGAAGGCGACAGCUCUGCGACUCUUAUACGGCGGGGAACCGCUUGGCGGCGCGCCGACCUGGGAGAAGGGCUUUGCGGCUGAGUCGUCCGAGGCGACGGCGUAGCCGACCGGCC